AUGACAAAUUCAACCAAAGAGCGUCAGUACGCUCAUAUGGCUCAACAGCUACAAGUACUACAAGCUAAUUUGGCAGAAACUUCACGUCAGUUGGAAGUAAUGUCAAGACAGUGCAAUAAGAAUAUCGUCGGUCAAUUGGGUAGAGUACAUGCAAGUUGGUUUAUGGCAAGUAAUAGACACUUCGAGGAAGAGAUGUUAGGUAGAAAUAAAUGA